AAGAAAAAAAAAAGUAAAUAGUACACGUCCACUUUACCUGUGUGUGUCCUAAAUUCAUCCCUUUUGUUUCCGUCGUGUACCAAAAAAGAUAUAUGUAUGUGCAAAUCAUCAAUCAGGCUAUGGAUUCUGCUGUUCCCCUAGCUUCAUUUUCUCGUUAUCUCAGAUCAAACCGUCGCAAUUUCUUCAUUCUCCGGUCACCCACUUAAUUUUCCGACCCACUUAAUUGCCGUCAGACUUCUUUCACCUGAAAAUCAAGGUAUUGUGGGUAGGUGCAAAAUGGGGCAUUUAUCGUCAAUGUUCAAUGGACUAACGCGUUCACUUUCCAUCAAGAGAAUAAAAAGAUCGAAAAGUAAUUGUGAUGAAAGAGAUGCUGUGGAUGCUAUGGCAAAAGAUGCAAAGAAAAACGAUUUGAUAUUGAGGAAAUCUGGCAUUCUAAAUGUCGAUGGCUCCAGGAAUUUGGCUUCUGUUUUCUCAAAGAGAGGAGAGAAGGGUGUCAAUCAAGAUUGCUGCGUCGUUUGGGAGGAAUUUGGAUGCCAAGAAGAUAUGAUGUUCUGUGGGAUAUUUGAUGGACAUGGUCCGUGGGGACACUUUGUGUCAAAAAGGGUUAGAGAGUCAAUGCCUUCGACUCUUCUAUGCAAUUGGCAACAAACACUUGUUGAAGCUUCAUUGAAUUCCGAUUCCGAUUCCGAUAAAAAGCUUCAGAGUUUUAAUAUAUGGAAGCAUUCUUAUUUGAAGACAUGUGCUGCUGUUGACCGCGAGCUGCACCAUCAUCGCAAAAUUGAUGCUUUUCACAGCGGAACCACUGCCUUGACUAUUGUUAGGCAGGGUGAGUUUAUUUUCAUUGCAAAUGUUGGAGACUCACGUGCAGUACUGGGCACCACUUCUGAGAAUGGCAACUUGGUAGCAGUCCAGCUUACCAUUGACUUCAAGCCCAACCUCCCUCAGGAGGCAGAGAGGAUAAUGGAGUGCAAGGGAAGAGUAUAUUGUCUAGAAGACGAGCCAGGUGUUCAUAGAGUAUGGUUGCCUAAUGAGGAAUCUCCUGGACUUGCUAUGUCAAGAGCUUUUGGUGACUAUUGUGUUAAGGAUUACGGACUUAUUUCUGUCCCUGAAAUCACUCACCGCCAUAUUACUACUCAAGACCUAUUUGUCGUGCUCGCAACAGAUGGGGUUUGGGAUGUUGUAUCAAAUGAAGAAGCAGUAAGAAUUGUAUCGGCAACAGAAGACAGGGCAAAAUGUGCAAAGCGAUUAGUUGAGCGUGCAGCAAAUUCGUGGAAGCGGAUUAGAAAGGGUAUUGCUAUGGACGAUAUCUCAGCUAUUGUACUCUUUUUCCAUUCUUCUCCUUUUCCUCAACUUUUACCCACUCCUAACUAAUGCUUGCUUCCUAUUACACUAAAUAAUCACAUCAUUAAUUUAAUAAUUUAGGAUCCUAUCUCAGUAAUUAUUUAUUUGAGUAUUAUAUUAGCCAAAACUGGGAUUUUUCAAUUACUAAAGUUAUUUUUGCUUUCAUUUCAAA